UUCAACACAAACAAAAUGUCACGUUCGAGGAAAUGCAGAAGCUAUCAGUGACAUUUCAUUGCUUUUGCAGAAGUAAGCAAAUGUCAUUUACAAACUAUUAAUACAUCUUCAAAAGAACAUGAACGUUUAUAGAAUAAAACGCAUCAGGGAACGCUGUAGCCGUGUUGCUUACUUGGUUUGUUCACAUGCCACUUUAAUGUGCUAUUAGAGGAUUAUCUAUAUAAGGAAGGUUGCCAUUGAACCAAUAUAACCAUACACACAGUGAAACUACAGCACUAUGGCAUCUAACCUACUGGUUGAGAUAGUUUAUAUAAACUAUUUAUAUGCAGAAGACCUGACCUGUCAAUCCUUAUAUAACCAUGGUGACCCACACUGGAUACCCAAGCUUUUUGUCAACACUGAUCAGCCUUCUGACCUGACACUUCCUUACCCCCUCACUCCACCAUAUCCCAAGCACGUUCAUAUGCAUAAUCUGACAAGGAUUUUGUAUGAUUAUGUUACUUUGGAGAAUUUCGACAAUCAUGGCAUAUUUGCAAUAUUUACAAUUCCAAGAAAGUAAACUUGUGUGUAGUCCUCAUGACUUUACCUGCCAUUCUUUAAUACCUCCUGAAAAUGUUGAGCUACCAUCCAACUCCACUUUACUAUGAAAUAUGUUCUAAACAGAACAAGAUAAAGACUUUGAAGAGGAAAGACUCCCUGGCUCCCUCCCUAUCCUCAGAUUCCUCACAAAAGACUGAUGAAGUCACUCCAAAUUGGGUGCCACAAAAGGACUUAACAUGGUCAUGUAACGAAUCUAAGUCAAUGGCAGGGAAGGGUGCUGGCUCUGACGAGGAUUCUAAGAGUUUUGCACAGUCUGUUACGGUUCUGAAGUCCAACGACAGAGGGUAUAAACCUUAUGCCGUAGGGAGUGAAUCUACCAAACAUGACUACAGCACCAGCUUCAGCCAAGCCAGGGAGACAUUUUUAGGGUCAUCUAAGUACAGACAUAAUAUUAGUAAUCCCAAUUUGAGAAUGUUACGAACAACCAAUCAGGCUACACCUUUGAAUGCCACUACUGUAACAAACCAGAACAACAACAACAAACCAAAAGAGUCUCAGUCAGUUAAGAGUGAAAGUAUGGAUAGUAGUUCUAGUACUUGUUCAAGUGAUCAGUCUCACGGUCAAUGUAUUGAGUUGCACAACAGCACAUUUGCAAAUGCCAUGAAGCCAGUUGUCUUGGAACAGAAAAAUUACAAAGUUGAGCGUGCUAAUGAAACUCAGGAAUUGAUCUGUAAGAUAUUCUGGAUGGCCUGUCUUGGUUUUUCUGAAUAUCAAUUCGGGAAGGAGUUAGUAAAGUUUGUGUCUUUGUGGCCCACUGGUUCCAAGCUUGACAGCAUCCUGGAUCUGGCUGUGGAGAAGCUGGGUCAGAGAGAGGCCGUGUGGGACCUGUGUGACCUGGUGCUGGCAGACGGGCCAGCCACACUCCUGAGAUCACUCUUGGACAAGUCAGUCAUGCGAGUGGAUAGUCUUAUAGAGGGUGAUGGUAGUCUGCUGCACUUGGCGUGUGUGCUACAAAACAUGGAGGCUAUACAGGUACUCACCCAGUACCCCAUCAACCACAAGUUGAAGGACAGAAGUGGGAACACAGCAGACAUGGUUUGCUUCAACUCUACGCUCCGUAAGCAGCUGCCCAAGCGCUAUCAGCACCAGAACAAGUCCCUGAGCACGCUUAGUCCGUGUCUGCAGGACAAGGAGGACAUCUUCAAACUUGCGGCUACACCAAACUCUCUGUAUGAUCUCCAGAAAAAACUACAGAUGUUCCAAUUCCCAAUAAAUGAUGAAAAAAAUCGAGAUGGAGACUUUCUUAUUCAUAUUGCCUGCAGGACAGGUAUUUGUCAGUUGCCCCUGCUUCUGUCGCUAAGGAAGCUCCAGAAUGCUAAUGUGAACCUGUGUAACACGGAGGGUCUCACUCCCCUCAUGAUUGUGGCCCGAGCUGGGGACAGCUAUCUCUGUGAUACUCUGAUGUGUUUGUUUGGUGCUGACCCUAACCAGCAAAAUUCUACAACUAAUAAGACAGCCUUGCACUAUGCAACAGAAGGGAAUCAUGCAGAAAUUGUUAAUUGUCUUAUAAAACGAGGGGCAGAUGUGAAUAUAGAAGACAAAGAGACUAGUCGCCCGGAUGAUGCGUUGACUGUCUCAGAAGAAUGUCGUCAGAUUAUUCAGUUUGAUCGGACUCAAAGAUCAAACGCGAUCUCACAGAAAGUCAAAGAGGACACUCUCUACCCUAUUGAUCUGCGUCCUACAGACCUUACUGUUGUUGACGAUGAAGGUUACACUCUACUCAUGAUUGCUGCAAUGAAUAAUAGAAUUCACAAUCUUGAGGUAUUGCUUCAAGUUUUCAAGCUUCACGUUUCCAAGCUUCACGUUUCCCCACUUACCAUUAAUGCCCAGCAUGGUGAAUCUGGUUUAACUGCACUUGCCCUUGCUGCAAAGGCUGGACAUCACCUCUGCUGUGAAGAGCUUUUAAGAUACGAUGCCUGUCCUGGUAUCAAGGACAUGAAGGGACAGCUGGCCCUGCACCAUGCAGUCCUCAACAACCACGAGUCAGUUGUCGACAUGUUAUUGAAGAAGUUUCCCGCAGCUUACACUGGUUUAUACUAUGCACUUAGAAUAUGUAGACACCCUACAAUUCAUGAUAAACUCAACAAAGCUUGGGAAAAGCGUCAGGACCAGAUAGUGUUACCGGUAUUGAGGAUCUGUGCCAUGGAGGGAGACGCAGGGAAGCUCUAUUGUACCCUGGAAGAGGGGGACUAUGUCAAUGCCAAGAGUGACUUGGAGAGUCAACCAGCGAUGUUUUAUGCUGUUGAAAACAGCCAUGUGGAUGUGUUGAAACUUCUUUUAGAGAGAGGACUAGAUCUGAAGCGCAGGGAUGUACGGUCUGGGAACACAGUUCUACACGUUGUGUCACAGACUGGUAACACUGCAAUGACCAAGUUCUUGCUGGGCUACUGUGGGGGAAGUGAGAACCAGCCUAAGAGACAGGCCAGUCUGGACGUGAAUGCCAUGAAUAAUGACAGGAAGACACCCCUGCAGAUCUGUGCAGAGAAAGGCUUUGUGAACAUAGUGAAGCUGUUCAUAGAGAAUGGUGCUACUACGGCAAUACUCAAUAAGCAGGGCACCUUGUUCACCUCACCCGAGUAUGAGGGCGCCAGAAUACUUAUUGAAGCCUGUAGAAACACCCACACAGAGUUGGUCAUGAAGCUGGUUGCAGAUAAAUCAAAGAAAGCAUUAAAACAGCUUGAAAAAGUGUUUCUGCCACGUUUUGAUCACAAUCUUCGCAACAAACUUGGAGACACUCCUCUCAUGGUGGCCUGUCGUAACGGGAGGUUGAAAAACACUCGCUUCCUCUUACAGUCUGCUGUGUAUGCAAACCUGAAUGAAGAGCAUUGGAACCCUGAAGAUGCUUCACUAGACGCACAUCUGCCUCCCUGGAAGUCUCAUGAUGAAAGCAGAGAUGAGCUAGUGGAAUCCCUUGAAAACCCGUCUCAGCGUAUGGAGUUUGAUGUCUCUGCACAUUUCACCAGAUCCCUCAAUCCAAAUGACUUGGUGAACACCCUACGCAGCUACGACACACAGAGCAUGCCCAGCUCCCAUAAGGUCAGCUCAUUCCUUCAUGCUGUGGAGAGACCCAAAGGCCUCUUCAUAUUCCAUGACUCUGUGGUGAGUCACGUGUGUGCAGUGAACCUGUUUGACGGCAAUACCCCUCUUCAUCGCUGUAUUGAGGGUGGAGACCAUGUGGACAUCGUACAGGCACUGCUGAAUGCAGACAGGGCCGUUGUGAACAUUCAGAAUGAUGCAGGGCUUAGUCCUGUGCACAUGGCCUGUCAACUAGGCCGGAAGAAGACUCUCAAGCAAAUGCUGGGUGUGGAGGGUGUAGAUCUGGGCCUGGUCACACUGAAAGGCAAGCUGCCAGAGGAGUUUACCGAGAACACGGCAAUACUCGAGAUGAUCCUAAAGGCAAAGGAGAAAAUGUGUUCAGAUAAUGGCACCCGUGACAGACAAGACACGUUGACCAAUCUCACAGAGACCAAUCUAACUGAGUCACUCCAUUCCAUCCCAAGCACUGGUGGCGGCUCUACAAUUAACUUUGGAAAAAUUGACGACAUCUUCCAAUCAAUGAAAAUAGAGCAGUCUAUGAAAACUGCCCCUUCUGGUAGAGUUUGAGAACUAGGCAAUGUGUAUGCUCAAAAUAUUUUAUGGUAGCUCAAAUGCUAGAAAAAGAACAGCUUUGAGUUUGGUGCAGUUAGUGAAUACUUGUGUUCAGUACUAGUACUACCUGUGACUCAGUAUUAUGUAUAGGAAACGGUGGAAAUCUCCUGAACUUGCAGAUAAUGACACCCUGGAGUUGCAAUUAAGCUUAUUUGACAUGUUGAGAGACAAGUUAAGAAUUAGUAUUGUACAAGUAUUGAGUUAGACAUGAUGUAAUUACAUUCAAAUGUGCAUUUUAAGCUUUCUCAUGCUGAUUGAACAGCAUUCUACAUGUACCUACAAAAUAUUAAAUAAACAAUAACCAAAAAUUUGUUAAGUGUGUAAAUUAAAAAUAUUUGUAAACAUUUUACACAUAUCCAUUAACAAGCUAUUAAUAUUUUUAUUAAGUAAAUUGGCAAUUAAACACAUUGAACAAUCCCAAGUAUUAAUUAGCAAAAGGUAUGUUAUCAGUAAUAAGACCAUUUAAUAUUUAUUACAAUUCUUAACAAAAUUAACUCAAUUAAUGUAAAAUUUAAAUGUGUAUGUACUAACACACAAGACAUUGAAUUUAUAAAUGUGUUCUAUUUAAAGACAAACAAUAUCUGUCUAAAAGGUAUUAGCAAUUUGUUCUAAGAUGCGAAUUGUUCAAUUCUCUGGAGUUUUUAACCAGGUUUUCCGAAGGAAAAAACUGGUUAUUAGAUUGGCGAAUGCGGGCGGGCUGGCUGGCUGGCUGGCGGGCGGGCGGAACAAGCUUGUCCGGGCCAUAACUCUGUCGUUCAUUGUCAGAUUUUAAAAUCAUUUGGCACAUUUGUUCACCAUCAUUGGACGGUGUGUCGCGCGAAAUAAUUACGUCGAUAUCUCCAAGGUCAAGGACACACUUUGAGUUCAAAGGUCAAAAAUGGCCAUAAAUGAGCUUGUCCUGGCCAUAACUAUGUCAUUCAUUGUGGGAUUUUAAAAUCAUUUGGCACAUUUGUUCACCGUCAUGGGACGGUGUGUCGCACGAAAGAAUCACAUCAAUAUCUCCAAUGUCAAGGUUGCCACAACUAAAAAUAGAUUUUUAAAAAAAACAAACUUACUAAGUGUGUUAAUUUUGUUUGUUCAUUUCAAAAGUUCAGUUUGAGUUUUCUCCCUUUAUCAGAUUUUUUUUUCACAAUGAAAACCUGGUUUUGUGACAAUUUUGUCCCUUGUUUGUAGCUGUUGUGUGUCUUCCCAUACCGCCUAGAAAUGCAUGUCAUAUUUUACUGAAACUAAUUAGCAAAUAAAUCAAUAAUUAGUGUGAAACAGCUGUUCACAAAUUUAUCUAGUGAUUUUAUCAAAUACCAGUAAGCAAACGUGUGUUGUCUUAAAGGGGCCUUUUCACAUUUCGGUAAAUUGACAAAAUUAAAAAAAAUGUUUCAGAUUCGCAAAUUUUUGUUGUAGUUAUGAUUUUUGAGAGGAAACAAUAAUACUGAACAUUUUCCAUGCUCUAAAAUAUCCAUUAUAUGCAUGUUUUGACGAUUUAAAAACCUGAAAAUUAUAAAUCGUUGAAACGCGAAACGAUUGAAUAAUUUGGAGAGUUUUGUUGUUGUCGUUAAAUUUUGUGUUGCUAAGAAAAUUGCUUAUAUGUAGUAUAAAAUUCAUCUCAAAUUGUAUAAGCGCUGAUAGUCGAGUGGUUUAGGCGAUAGACUUUUACUAUCAGAGGUCAGUUGUUUGAAUCCAGUUAAGGGUUUCUUUUUUUUCUUUCUUUAAUUUUAUUCUUGAUUUUUACUGAAGCUUUUUAGAUCCAAUGUUUACAUUUAUCAAUAUUAAGCAUUUAAUGACAAACUUCAAUAAAUGCCAAAAUCUGUGAAAAGGCCCCUUUAAUGCGACUAAAUUCUAGUUUUACAUUUCAACACAUGUUCAACUUAAAAACUGUGACAGUGACUAGAAAAAAAAGGUUACACCAUUCAAAAAUCAGAACCGUAGGCAUUGAAGCAAAACAGCACAACAUAUUUUUAAUGUUUAGCUUUUAAACUUUGUUCCUCCUGAGAGACUUUGAGCUAAGUUAAAAUUGGAGACAAAUGAGUUCAGGCCAUCAGAAGUCAAUUGAACUUCUUCUUGUUUUCAGAUAACAUUGGUACUACCCCGAUUUACUGUAUGACUUUGUUGUUUAAUGUUCUUUCUUUUUCAAAUACUGGUCAUAUUUUCUUCUUUUCAAUUUAAAUAGUAGUGCCAUACAUUAAAUAAUAUCAAGUUUGAUAGGGUUACAGUUGAAAUAACAUUGUCUUACAUUUUUGCUACCCUACAAAAUGAUCAGUAAUGUGACAACAUUUCAAAAUGUGUUGAAAAGUGUUGUUCAACUUAUACUUUUGUUUUAUAAAAAUAGUAUACAUGUUAUUUUAAAUUUUAAUACUAACAGUGCAGUUUAUGGUGUUCAAUGGUGACAAUAACACUUAUCUAGUCUUUGAAUUUUCUCAAUAAAAAUGAUGUCUGUGUUCAACAAACUUGUGACUUUUGUAAUUCAGUUGAGAAUGAUGUUCAUACAACUUCAUUCUAUAAACUGUAUUCAUGUACUGUUAAAUAUUUAUUGUUUAUGUCUUAUGUUGAGUUCAUUUUCAUUACAGUUGUGUAUGUGCAAUCAAAUGACAGAUAUGAUCAUGUUUGUUCAUUUUAUACCUGUGAAUAUUUGAUAGAAAAUGUUUGCUAUUCGUUUAUUAAGGAGUCCCCUGUCUUAAGCAACUUCUUGUGACUUUCAGCACAACACAGGUUAGACGGCCAAAUAUAUUCGUAUGACUCCAUAAAGUUUGAGGCAUCAACAAUUCAACUUGUUCACCAGUCCGCCCAUACGUCCCAAAGCUUGUAUUGGCUAUUCUUUCUUUACUACUAGGUGGAUCUCACGUAAACUUUCAUAGAUUAUUUACCAUAAUUUGUGAAGGAUGAUAAAGAAAGGAAUUUUUACUGCAACACGUUUUAGCAGACUUUUUGCCUAAUGUAUGUUUUUCCACUAAAGAACACAUAGUCAUACCAUUUUGUGUGUUUUACUCCUCUUUAACUAAAGCAUGAAUCUUACUAAAACUUUCACAGUUGAAAGAGCUUUAUGUAAAGAUUACAGUUAUACCAUGACUUUGGCUACCAUUAGUUUUGGCAGAAUUAAAGCUCUUUUUCGUUUUUUCCUCUAAGGAAUACAGGAUCCCAACAUUGUGUUUUCUUCUAUUCCUCUAACCUAGUGGAUUUUGAUCAAACAUUCGUUGCUGAUGAGGCUCAUGGCAUUAAUAAACAGGAAAUAAUUGUAAAUUCGGUAUUUAAAAUACAGCCAUUAAUAACUAUUCAAGGGAAAAAACUCAAAAGAAUUCAUAAUUGUGAAUUUGACUUGUUUCCCAUCAAUUAACUUGUUAGCUAGCCAAUCAGAUGUAUUUUAUAAUAAAGUGUGUCGAGUAUUAAAUGUAUAAAAUCAAUAAAUAAAAUUAUGCAUGCAUGUUUAUUACAGUGUUUAUUACAUCAGUUGAUGAUUAAAUAUGAGGUUGCAUUAAAACCAAUUGAGAUCUUCUGUUCUGAAGGAGACAAACAAAAAUCUCAAGAAGAUAGAUCGGACCUAAUUUGAUGACUUCAUUUGGGCAUACUCUUAUUGUUAAUAUCCCAGCGCUAAAGUCACUUAACUGAGAAGAAAUAUGUAAACAUUGCAACUUUAAAACUAAAAUACUUGCGUUUCAUACAACCUACUUUCAGUUUUACAAAUUGCUACUGUCAACUUAAAAAACAACAAGAAGUGUCUGCAAUCAUGUAAUGUAGCAAUUUUGUGUAAAAAGGUUACAAUAAAUAAAUCCAGAAAAUACUGCUGUCCUAUAAUACUCACCAGUAACGCUUUUAAUACUGUAAAAGCCUUCUUUAUUGUAAGAUUGUUUUAAACAGGGAUCCCCAGUUAUACCUAUAGCAGUACUGAAAUGUAAUCAGUGUUGCAAUAUAUUUAGCACAAUGGCAGUCUUGCAUUUAUAUGUACUUGUUAUUAUAUUGAUAUUCAGUGUUCAGAAUGUUCAUUCUGAUUCUGCUGUUUAUCCUCUAUGAUAUUUGCUUUCUUUGUCGUUUUAGAUAUUCAUGCCUCCACACAUUUGGCAUAAAUCAAGAUGCUUACUUUGUCAGUUAAAUCAAGCUUGUUAUGUGCUUCACUAAAAGCAUUUAUACGUACAGUGAAUAUUGCUAAAUAAAUAAUAUUGUCCUUUGUGAUAUUGUAACUGUGUGUUAAUGUUACUGUACUUACUAAAUGUGUUACACAUAUAUUAAUUUACAUGUUUUUCCAUUAUAGGCAAUCAAUAUGAUGUGCAUGCAUAACAUGUUUAAAUUUUGUUUUAAUAUUUUCAGUGAUUAGAUUAUUGCUACGGGUACAUGUUACAAAAUAAUGGUCCUAACAAUGUGCAAUUAACAUAUUUGUGUUUAUGAUCUUGUAAACAGAUAUGAAAAUAAACUUUGAUAUACCCCAA